AAAACAAAACGUCCAUGUUUACCACAGACCUUAUUUUACUCAUAAGUUGAAAAACCCUAUUAUAAAAACACAUAGGAUAAAAUAUUAACUACAUCAGAUGUUUCAUAUAAGAAAAGCAAAGGAAUUCAUUCAUUCAUUCCACAUUUUCUUUUUCUCCCAAUUUGGAAUGCCCAAUUCCCACUACUUAGUAGGUCCUCGUGGUGGCGCGGUUACUCACCUCAAUCCGGAUGGUGGAGGACAAGUCUCAGUUGCCUCCGCUUCUGAGACCGUCAAUCCGUGCAUCUUAUCACGUGACUCGUUGUGCAUGACACCGCGGAGACUCACAGCAUGUGGAGGCUCAUGCUAUUCUCCACGAUCCACACACAACUUACCACACGCCCCAUUGAGAGCAAGAACCACUAAUCGCGACCACGAGGAGGUUACCCCAUGUGACUCUACCCUCCCUAGCAACCAGACCAAUUUGGUUGCUUAGGAGAUCUGGCUGGAGUCACUCAGCACGCCCUGGAUUCGAACUCGCGACUCCAGGGGUGAUAGUUAGCGUCAAUACUCGCUGAGAUACCCAGACCCCCCACAUUUGUAAUUUUUUUUGUCACCUUUGGUGGCAUUUUUGCCCUGAGCCACCAUUAAUUUCUGAGCUUUUGCCCAUCCCUAAUAUAUUUAAAUGCAUGAGACUUUGCUAGGAUUUGUGAGGAAUCAUAUAGAAGUCAAUGAUGAUUGAAAUGAUUUAUUUUCUUCUUCUCCAGACAACAGACAUCCUAUCUCAUAGAUUCACUACAGCUCUACAGGGACUCCCCUUGUACCUCAGGGACCGUGAAGAAACAUCAAACACCUGUCUGAUUCAGGCACAGAAGGUCCGAUUGGCCAGAACUCAGGGCCCGUAUUACAGCGGAUCUCUGCCCAACGUCAACCAGAUCGGCAGGACAGCAUCAGACCUGCAGGGCUCGUUCCAGUCUCCUUUGGACUCCAGUCGCUCCACACGGCAUCAUGGUCUGGUGGAGAGAGUUCACAGAGACAGACGCUUCAUCUCUCCCAGCAGGCCUUACAGGAGACAAAUAGACAGCACUCACAGCAGCUCUGUGUAUCUGUCCCCACCCCCUGACCCCAGCUGGAGAAGGAACUGGAACAGUAAUUUUCCCACGGACAAGAGCCAGAUAUUCCAUCAGCUGCCAACCACAGCGCUCAACAGAACUAACUCAGAUUCUGCGCUGCACACCAGUGUGAUGAAUUCAACCGCUGGAGACCCAUUCAGAUCGGGACACACACUCACUCCUCAGAACAGACGUGGGAUGUUCUCAUAUCCCGUCCCGCCCAUCGAGGAGAACAGCCCUGAUGACAAACGACUCCUCAAACCCUGGGACUCCAGAAAGUUUCCGCUGCUCUCUUCACGACCAAAGUCCUGUGAGGUGCCCGGAAUCACUGUAUUUCCCUCUCCUGACCAGCAGGGCGGCGCUCCUCACGGCUCAACAGUGUUGAAUACAGGCGGCUCGCUGCCGGAUCUGACCAGUCUGCACUUUCCAUCUCCGCUGCCUACCCCGCUGGACCCUGACGAGCCGGGAUACCCCCCUCUCAGCGGGGGCAACAGCACGGGGAACCUCACCUCCACCCUCAUCCAGCUGGGCAUCAACACAUCCAGCACCUUCCACUCACCAGGUCUCUUACCAUCUCAUCAGGGCACUCUGAGUAACCCCUCCCUCCAGUCGUCACUCAGCAACCCCAACAUCCAAUCAUCUCUCAGCAGUCACUCAUUCCCCAACUCUCUGAGCUCCGCCUCCCUGCACUCGUCUCUCAGCAACCCCUCCAUCCAGUCCUCGUUAAGCUCCUCCCCCUCUCUGAGGUCAUCGCUCAGCAACCAAUCGUUGCACUCCUCCCUCAGCAGCCAGUCCCUCCAAUCAGCAUCCAGUAAUGCCUGUUACAGCAGCUCGGGCUCGUUUUCUGUGCAGCCGCAGGUCAGUAUGUCCCCUCGCAGACGAGCGCAGCUGUCUCCUGUCAGUCUGACCCCAGACACGCGCAGACAUCACCCCAAACAGUUCUCGCCCACCAUCUCCUCCACUCUCACCUCCAUCACACAGGGUGUGGCUCUAGACACCAGUCAGUUACAGGUGGAUCAGAGGUUGUCUCAGUAUUCUUUCAGUCAGCCGCAGCAGAUUCAGAAAGGUCUUGCUCCUGCGCAGACAGGCAGCCACACGCACAUGCCCCAGCCCUCAUCACAGACUGCACAGCUGCACUUGCAGAACAUGCAGAACUUUCAGAUGCAGCUGAAAUGGCCAAGCCAGAACCAGAACCUCAUGAGCUAUGGGCCUGCAGAUGCGGAGCAGAACAAGCAGCCGCAGGACAUGCAGGUGCAGACGGGCGGCCCGACAGAGCAGCAGUCAGCGCAGACUCAACCCGAUACGCAGAACCAGUCCCUCCCUCCCCACCAGCAGAUCAGUCCAUCUUUUAGCAGUGAACUUGACUUUUAUAACGACGCCCUGUUUCUCAACUCCCUGUUGAAUGACCCGUACCUGAAUCUGCAGUUAACUGGCCGACACAACCAGAACCAACAGAUGAGUCUGGACUCUCAGGUGGAGGGUUUGAAUGAUGAUGGGGGUUCUGAUAACACAGUAAAAGGUCACAGCGGUUCCUAUCACUGCCAGCAGGGGACGUUAGAGCUGCUGGACUCCACAGAUCAACAGCUGCUCACUCAGAAUCAGUGUUCGAGUUACAGCGAUGGGCGACACACUGUACCCAAUGUAAUACUCACAGGUGAUUCUUCAUCAGGCCUGUCUAAGGAGAUCACUAACGCACUGUCGGGUGUCCCGGGCUUUGAGAUUGACCGGUUCUCUUCAGACGACCCGCUCCGGAUGGACCCGCUGGUGCUGGAGGGUCUGAGCAUGCUCACAGACGGAGACCUGAUGCUGGCCGACCCCGCGGUCGAGGACUCGUUCCGCUCAGACCACCUCAAAUGACAAGCGGGUCGUUUGUAAACGCGUUUGCUUUAUGACUGGGGUCAAUAAGAGCAGGACGGACUGAUGAACGUGACAGAAAUGAGGGCAUGCCACUUUUAGGUGUCUUAGCUGCAUGCUAGCUAAUGCACUGGUACACAUGCGCUUCUGCCCUUAAACUCUCUGUGCUUCUCUUAAGAUCCGUGUAUUAAACCCGCUACAGUUAUCACCGCGAACACAAGAUUGAGUUUAGAUGACACAGAAGGGCUAAACAUCAUCAGAUCAAACCAGUUUUAUGAAUUCAGAUCAAACACUUACAGUUCAAGUGUGUAACGGAUGAUCAGAUCAUUUCUGGUAUCUCAGUUGAAUGUUGAGAGUCUCUAAAAACAGUCGUCUGUUUGUUUGAGCGGCUCGACAUGUCAACUUCUGACUCAACCAAUGGAGUCAGUUUGGGGCGGGGACUACAUGUUUGUUUGUCAGGGGGCGGAGCACAAGUGUUUGGAAACGACCAUUUUUCAAUUUCGAUCUGUUCUGAAAUUCUGAAUGAAAGCUGCACAUGUUUGUUCUGUUGCUGCAUGUUUUGAAUGAUUGAAAUCGUGCAACUAAAUAACAAAUAUUUGUGCAUACGUGUGUAACGGCUCUUUCCAACGUCCGCUUGUGCCGCUAAUACUGUCAUGUGAUCAGAUUUACUGUGAUUUACUCGUCUGUAACCUCUUGUGCCUGCAUUUGCACGAUUAUUCUCCUGAGCAAGGCCAUAUUCAGAAGAACCCUUAUUUUUGUGUAACUAAAUAAUAUGUUGAAAAAAAGAGUUACUAUAGAUGUAUAUGUAUAUGAAAUGUAUAUGGUAAUAUAAAUGUAAGCUCUGGUUUUUCACCAGCACUUUUGUGUUUAUGGACGUGUUUGGGUGAAUCUCGUGAAAACUGUCAAGAACAGGUCCAGCUCAUAUUUCACUUCAAUAUAAAAGAAAGCAGGGAAUUAUAUUUGGCACACAAAAAAAGAAGGGAUAUUAUAUAUUCAGGAUAUACAUUUAUAAAGAAGGGAUAUCCUGUAUUUAAGAUCAUUACGUUUUUUGCAUUGUGACAUUUUCCCCACAAAUACCUAUAACUGAAAUAAUAUAAAUUAAUCAUUUAAAUGCUAUUUAUAUGCUGUGAGAGUUAACCCUCCUAUGGUAUUCAAAAAGGGCACCUUCCUUUGGUAUUCGCGGUCAUUUUUGACCGGAAGGAUCAGAUGUGUGACCCUUCUUUUUUUUUCCUUUUUUUUUUUUUUUUUUUUUGAUGAUGAUGAAAAUUAAACAAUUUUUCCUUCCCUGAAGAACAGUACAAUUAUGCAUUUCUUUUGAGGUUUUAUGCUUUUAUUUUGCUAUUUUUAUUUUUUUAAUUUUACCAUUCAUUUGCAUAUUCAAAUAAGCACAUUUUUGGAAAGAAAAAUUACAAAUUCAGAACCUACGCUUCUGUAAGUUGAGACAUAAAGAAAAUGUGAGAACGUGACAUAAAUUGGAGGCAGAUUGCUGCCAUCUGGUGAACAAAAUAUGAAUUACAUGACUUGAAAUCAAUGUCACGCCAUUAAAGAGCAUCUAUUAUAGUUUUUCAAAUAUGACCUUUCAUGUAGUGUGUUAUAUAGCUGUUUGUGAAUGUAACAAAGUCUGCAAAGUUUCAAAAAUCAAAGUGCACGACAAAUGGAGUUAUUGACUCCCAAAAGAAAGAACCGAUUCUGAACACCUGAAACGAGUCGUUAGUGAUUCCAGACUUACUUCCUGUACUAACCUACAUAAUUUUGACCCGCCCUCAAACACUACACUAAGCGGUAGACCAAUCACAACAGACUGGGACAUCUGACCAAUCAGAGCAGAGUAUGCUCUCUGAAAGGAGGAGUUUAGAAUGAAUCCUUUAGAACGGAUCAUUGAACGAGUCGUUUGAGACACUGGGGAAAAAAGGUAACGCUGCAAUUUAAAUUAUGAGCAAAUUAAAGUGUUUUUUGACCUUGGAUGCAUGUAAAUCUAUUGUAUGAGACCUUUAAAACAAAAUUAGGCACGUUUGAAAACCAUAAUAGAUGCUCUUUAUCAGCCAGUAGAUGACUGUAGCCACAUACUGUUUAGUCUGAUAACCUAAUUUCAUAUAUGAUCACAAGAUAUGCAUUUGGAUAUAUAUUUAGACAUUAUCAAACUAUUAUUUGUCAAAGUUUAGCAUUUUAGAAUUGAUCUGAAGUUUUUGCAGUUGUCAUUAUGUUUGCAAUCAAACCUGACCAUGGUGUUACAAAGACACAGAAUAAAAAUUUUUCUACCAAUAAUUUAUUUCAAACAUAAAAGUUGAAUAAUUCAAAGUAAAUGCAUAAUAAUGUCAAAGAAAUGAACAUCAUGAAACAGAAAGUGCUUAAUUUCAUGAAAAUAAUGUCAACAAAUCUUAAUGGUCUUAAAAUGGGCUUCAUUGUCUUACAAAUAUACAACAUUAUUUCUAUUUCUUUUAUUUUGGGGUGAAAUAUGACAUGUCUGAGUACAUAAAACAUCUGUGUUGUCGGUAGUGAAUCAAAAAAUAUCAACUGUUCCAUAAAUGGACGCAAGCCAAGAUAGUGAUCUUUAUUUCUGCUCACAUGUGUUUAUAAAUUGCCUUAUCCAGUUCAUGUAAUGCUGCAUUUGUCUUCAGCGUUGGAGUGCUGUGUGUAUUUCUUAGCGGUUUAUUGUGUUUCAGCACUAUCUGUGAUAUAUCAGCUGUGACGGCGCUUUUGUGUAUUUUGCUUUGUGAUGGUUAAACUCUGUUGAGCUGCGGCGAGAGAUUCCUACAGAUGUUGUUAAAGGGACAGUUCACCCAAAAAUGAAAAUUCUCUCAUCAUUUACUCACCCUCAUGUCAUCUCAGAUGUGUGUGACUUACUUUCUUCUGCUGAACAUAAAUGAAGAUUUUUAGAAGAAUAUUUC